AUGGCGACCUUCUGCAGCGUCGUUCUGGCGCAGCCCGCGAUCGCGUCGAUCAUCUUCAAGCUUCAGUUUGGCGUCUACGAAGACAUCGCAUCGCGCUUCCGCGACUUUAACCACCUCGUGGAUGCUUACCCGAUGACGGAGACCGAUGACACGCCGUACUACGCCCUCGACGGGACCUUCGUCACGAGUUACCGUGUCGACGACGAUGGCUUGGCGGCCAAAGGCUUUGGCGCCGGAAGCUUGUACCUCUCAAAUCACGUCACGCGCGACGCUCGCUUCCCGCUGCACUUGGCGAUCUGCGAAGGCGAUUUGCGCGCGGCGCAGCGUAUCGUUGCCUGCCGCCCCGACCUCGUGUACCAAGAAGCCAUCCAGGCGGCGCUCAUGACCGGCCAUCUCGAGAUCGCAGACUUUCUACUGCAGACGCACGCUGUGGACCGCAACUAUGACGAUGAGUUUUUUGGUCGCAUCUCGCGGCCGCUGGACGCGUGGCUGCCGUCAGCGCUGGUGCGGACCAACAAUGCGGAUGCGCUGGCACUGCUGUGGCGCCAUCGCCAACUACAAUGGUCGGACAACCUGCUUCGCGCAGCCAGCUUCCAGUAUGCGCCGCGUGCCAUUGCGUUUCUGUACCAGCACAUGCCACAAGCAGUGUACGACAGCUUUGUGGACGACGCUGCGACCCUCGGUCUCUUGGAGAUCGUGAUCGACCUCGUCGCGCGCGGCGCCAACUGCACGUUGGCCGCCCUAGACGCUGCCGCCGUCAACGGUCACGUCGGCGUCGUUCGCUUCCUCAUUGAGCAUUGCCAUCACGCGCCGUCGCGCUGGACGCUUCAGAAUGCGGCGGCGAAAGGGCACUUGGCCGUGGUCACAUAUCUGCAUGAGCUCGGGACCUUGGACGAUGCAGUCAUGGCCGCAUUCUCAGCCGCGUACUACGGCCAUGACGACGUUGCGCACUACCUGGUGGCCAAUAGACGCGUGGUUGACACCACCGUGCGCGUCGACGCGCCCGUGUCGGACCUCGUGCUCAUCGCGAUGCACUUGCUCUCGAUCAGACACACUCUGGAGCAGACCGCUUCAUACUUGUCAACCCUCACGAAGAAGCGAACGUCGGGCGUUCUGGAAAUCGCUGCCUUUUCCAUCGAGCGCGGCGUCGUGCUCGAAGCUACCUGGAUGAUCGACGCCUGCGAGCGAGGUGACAUGGACGUCGUCGUCUACCUCCACGAACACGGAGCCGCGUCAUCGCCCCAAGCCAUUGACACAGCUGUGCGCUACAACCAAUGGGCCAUCGUCGACUUUCUCAUGGUCCAUCGAACCGAAGGCGCGACGCUUGCUGGCAUUGAGCUUGCACUUGCGCGCGGCCAGUUUGAUCUGAUUGCGCGUCUUUGGGCGAGGCAGCCCGAACUCCGCGACGACGACCUCUUGCGUGUGGCUUGUAUCGAAAGCAACGCCGACGCCGUCCAUUUUCUGCUUAAAGGAGGGGUCGGGAAGCCACGCCAUCUCUUCUUCGACGCGUUCUGCGUGCGCAGAGGAUGCCUUGGCGCCCUCUUACCCUACGUCUUAGAUGCGCCGACACCGGUCGAGAACCUCGCCUUCCUCGUCGAGACGUUUGCUGGCAUAGCAAACUGCAUAUCCAAGUCCAACCUCUUGGUCAUCAAGGCCGAGAUGCCAACGACCUUCAAGCUCGGACCGCCACACUCUUGCGGCGGGGCGCCGAGACGACGCGACUAUGUGAUGGUCGGCGGGUGCUAG